ACAUUUUUCCUUGUAAGUUGCCUUUGGCGACAGAAGACAAAUUUAAUCGUUGUUAAGGGUAUGGAAGCGUAUUUUUCUCUAAGACUUGCUCCCCCCCUCAUGCGCGAGCCGUCAUUUCCGCUAGGCUGCGCGUUAUACAGAUGGAGUGAAGAAUGGGGAAGCACUGUGUAAGAUACAAAGAGAGAGAGAGAGAGAGAGAGAGUGACAGAGAAAAAGAGAGAGAGAGAGGAGCUGGCAGCGUAGGUAGAUGCUUUAAGAGGCGCUUGUGAACAUCAUUGCUGGAACCGCCGCCUCGGGAGCGCGCGCACCCCGACCGCACAUAGCAAUCUCAGAUUCUAUUAAUUCCUGCUGCUAUCUGAAAGGGAUGGGAACCUGCAAUUUUGAGAUUGGACUACGGGUUUGAGUGUCCUUCUUAAUACCCCAACACAAAAAAAAGAAAAAAAAAAACAACAAUCGAAAAGAACUAGCGAAUCGUAUCUGUGGAGCUACUGUGCAAGAAUGCGCUAAAUUCCGAGAGAAAAGAGUGAGCGCGGGUACGCGCGGGUGAGAGACGCACACAUCUGUGACAGUCGAGCUCCUCAAAAGCAUGCCGAGAGACUGACAGCACCCAAUCCACUCCGCUAAUUACACGGCGCUCCACCCUCGGAAGGGAAUACAUCGUUUUGAAACUCGGCACUGGCGACUGCUUAUUUGUAUUUUUUGAAGGGAAAGGGGUGGGAAAAUUAUACAUUUUAUAUUUAUACAUGAAUUUGUUUUUUAAAUAAUCAAGGAGCUACAUUAAUACAACGGGAGCUGGCGUUUUAAGUCCAUUUCCCGGAGUACGUAUAUUUUUUGAAAGUGCAAAACUUUUUCCAUGGCUUUGAUUAUGGAACCUGUUAGCAAAUGGACUCCGAGCCAAGUAGUUGACUGGAUGAAAGGGCUGGAUGACUGCCUUCAACAGUACAUUAAAAACUUUGAGAAAGAGAAGAUCAGUGGGGAUCAGCUUCUUCGCAUCACGCACCAGGAACUAGAAGAUCUUGGAGUGUCUCGUAUAGGUCAUCAAGAGCUUAUACUAGAAGCAGUUGAUCUUUUAUGUGCACUGAAUUAUGGUCUGGAAACUGAAAACCUUAAGACACUUUCACAUAAGCUGAAUGCUUCUGCAAAAAAUCUCCAGAACUUCAUAACUGGAAGAAGAAGAAGUGGUCAUUAUGAUGGCAGGACUACAAGGAAACUACCAAAUGAUUUCUUAACAUCUGUCGUUGACCUUAUUGGAGCUGCAAAGAGCCUUUUGGCCUGGUUGGAUAGGGCUUUUCUGAGGAUAAGUAAAAGAUCACCUUUUGCUGCUGUAACAGAUUACUCUGUAACAAGGAACAAUGUGAUCCAGUUGUGUUUGGAACUGACCACCAUUGUACAACAGGAUUGCACUGUAUAUGAGACAGAAAACAAGAUUCUUCACGUGUGUAAAACUCUCUCAGGAGUCUGCGAUCAUAUCAUCUCAUUGUCAUCUGAUCCACUGGUCUCUCAGUCUGCCCACCUUGAAGUGGUACAGUUAACGAACAUCAAACCCAGCGAGGGACUGGGAAUGUAUAUCAAAUCAACCUAUGAUGGUCUCCAUGUAAUCACUGGAACUACUGAAGGAUCUCCUGCAGAUCGCUGUAAGAAGAUCCAUGCAGGGGAUGAAGUAAUCCAAGUCAAUCAUCAAACAGUGGUGGGGUGGCAGUUGAAAAACUUGGUUAAUGCACUACGUGAAGAUCCCAGUGGUGUGAUCUUGACUUUGAAAAAGAGACCUCAAAGCAUGCUAACAUCAGCUCCUGCUUUACUAAAGAACAUGAGAUGGAAGCCUCUUGCAUUGCAGCCAAUUAUUCCUAAAAGCCCUACAAGUAGUGUGGCUACUCCCUCAAGUACAAUCAGCACGCCUUCUAAGCGAGAGACUUCUGCACUUCAAGAUCUUUACAUCCCACCACCUCCUUCUGAGCCUUAUACUCCCAGAGAUGAAAAGGGCAAUCUCCCGAGUGAGGAUCUCACCCGACACAAUGCUGGAAUCCCGGUGGCAAAAGGUUCUGAGUCUCCCAACUCAUUCCUUGACCAGGAGUACAGGAAGAGGUUUACCAUGGUGGAGGAAGAUACAAUGCUCUAUUGUUACGAGUAUGAAAAAGGCAGAGCUGGAGGGUCCACUAGAAGGGAAAGCACACCGACAUAUGGCAGACUGAGACCUAUUUCUAUGCCAGUGGAAUAUAAUUGGGUUGGCGAUUAUGAAGAUCCUUCUAAGCCUAAAAGAGAAGGAAGACGAGAAGACUCUUUGCUGCGGUAUGUGAGUGAUGAUAAAAUCCCUCAGGACGAGUAUCUGACACAGAGAAGCAGCAAACGAGAUACAGGCAAAAGAUCCAAAAAGAAAGGGGAUAAGGGAGGAAGUCCCAGCCAUUACUUGUUACCUGGACUACAAAUGGAAAUAAUGCGACAAGAAUCUUUAAACACCCCAAUUCCAGAUACAGCCUUGUACCAUACAUUUCAACAGUCAUCUUUGCAUCAAAAGUCUAAAAAGAAAAGCAGAGGCGCAGCAACAGCAAUGAGUAAGAGGCGGAUUUCUUGUAAAGACCUCGGUCGUGGGGACUGUGAAGGAUGGCUUUGGAAGAAGAAAGAUGCAAAGAGUUAUUUUUCUCAGAAAUGGAAAAAGUAUUGGUUUGUUCUAAAAGAUACCUCACUUUAUUGGUACAUGAAUGAAGAAGAUGAAAAAGCUGAAGGAUUUAUAUGCCUGCCAGAGUUUAAGAUCGACAGGGCCAAUGAGUGCCGAAAGAAAUAUGCAUUCAAGGCCUGUCAUCCAAAGAUUAAAAGCUUCUACUUUGCAGCUGAUGGUGUUGAUGAUAUGAAUAGAUGGUUAAGUAGACUGAAUAUGGCAGCUGCAGGCUAUGCAGAAAGAGAAAGGAUAAAACAAGAUCAAGACUACUGGAGUGAAAGUGAACAUGAAGAAACCGAUGCACCUUCGACACCAAAACAGGACAGUCCACCCCCUCCCUAUGACACAUAUCCUCGCACCCCUUCAAUGAAUUGUGCCAGUCCAUACCUUGAGCCAAAGCAUGGGCGUUUGUCCUCCACGGAGACAUCACAGUCACAUUCAUCUCAUGAAGAGUUCCGACAAGAGCAGACUGACCGGAGCAGCACCGAAUCACCUAUUCGCAAGUCAGCCAGCCAGCGGCGAUCCUGGCAGGAUCUGAUAGAGACCCCACUCACAAGUUCUGGUUUGCACUAUCUGCAAACGCUGCCUCUGGAAGACUCUGUGUUCUGUGAAACAACUGGAGUAAUCUCUCCUGAGCAUCGAAGACAGUCUACACUUCCUAUCCAGCGUAGCCUUUUGCAGGAUCGCUAUGGACUUUUCCCUCUGGCUGAGGGGGAAAGACUACAAGCUCUGGGCAGUAAUGGGGGAAAACCCCGUAGCUUCACACUGCCACGUGAUGGGGGCUUCAGCCAUGGCUGCCUAACCCCCUCUGUCAGUGCCUCUGAACACAAGGAGCCUGCUCAGAAAGAGAGCAAUAAGCAGGAACCCCAGGGUUCAGGUGAUGAAGAAGACCUGCCUACUGACUCCCUCCAAGACCUGUACAGAGCCUUAGAGCGGGCAAGCUUGUCGCCUAUGGGUGAGCAGCGACUUUCCACCAAAACGGAAUAUAAGAAGUCCUUUAUCAAAAGGUGCAAUGACCCUGUGAUCAAUGAAAGGCUGCAUCGACUUCGAAUUCUGAAAAGCACUUUAAAGGCUAGAGAGGGAGAAAUAGCCAUCAUAGACAAGCUGCUGGACAAUCCCAAGUUGACCUCCUCAGAAUUUCAGGAAUGGAAACAUAUGUACCUUGAGCUUUUUAUAGACAUUUGUGAGAACAACUCUCCUACAAACACUGCGGAUGACUCAUCCGAAAUAGCUUCCCACGCAUCCUCCCUGACCCACACGCAUUCUUUUAUUGAAACACAUGUUUAGGAAAAAUGUUACUUCUUUUAGCAAAUACAUGGCCACCUUCCACAGAAGUCUAGACAAUAUAUACAGUGCAUUAAAAAGAGUAUAUUAUAUUGUGAAAAACAAAUUUGUGUUCUGUGUCAUUUGCUAAGCCUGUUGGUAAAAUUAUGGUACAUGCUAGGCCAUAGAGUAUGUUGCUUAUGUUGCCUUUCAUUUGUAUUUUUUUUUCUUUUUCAUCAGUUUUAUUCUUGUUUCUAAAAGAGUAUUUCAUAACACUGCUGCAUCUGUUUUUCAUAUCUCAAUAAAGUUGAGCUUAUUGUGCUAUGCUGAAACCUAAAGGGUAUUUGAUGUAUAACAUAUCGCACAUAGAGGGGGCUGGAACCCAUGAGAGGUCAGUUCCAUUAGCUUUCCAUGAAGCUGACCUGUAGUAAUGGUUUGUUUACUUUGGAAAAUAUUUCCUUAAUGUUUACAGUGAAGACGUUGAUGUAUUUUUAAUCAAUGUGCCAAUAAUAUUUAUGGUAUUUAUAUCAAAAAAGACAGACGGCUCUUUGUACUGGGGCAUUCUGAUUUAUAGAAAAAAGUAUCUGUCUGGAUGUGUUUCUAUUGAAAUUGUAGCCUCUGCCAGUAAUUCUGUGACCACCGAAUGCCAUCACAAAAGCAACAAGAGGAUGCACAGUUGGCUGUUGUUCACUAUGGCAAUGCAUUGUUUUGAUGGCAACAGAAAAAGCACAGCGAUAUCUGAGCAGCACAGAAGGACCUCACGCAUAAACAACUGGACUAAACAGAGAAGAAAUGUAGUUAAUGUGAUUUUACAAAACAAAAUGCUGCAAGCUACCAUAACAUAUUGAACUGAAGAUUCGUGAUGUUAUUGAAUGUAAUGUCUUCAACGGGACUACAGCAUACGCGUCAUCUGGCGGGAAAGACAACUUUCACAUCCUUCUACUCUUAUCAUCUCAGUUACUGCAUGGUAGAGCAGCUUGUGUUGUGUUCCACAAAAACUCAGGACCUUGUUCUGUCUGUUUCUCUUUUUGUUUCUUUUUAUAAAAAAACAAAGAAUCCAUAUAUUCUCAAAGUGAAAAGCAAUAUUCUUGUUUUCUCUUAUUAUGUAUUAUGUUGCAUUUUAUUCACAUUUGUUGGUUGAAGUGCCCAUGAACUGGACAGUUCUGGGGAUUUUUAAUUUGUUGACUCCUCAAACACUCCUCAGUAGGCAUAGUCAUAUAUACUGGAGGAGUGUUAUUUGAGAUACAGAAUGUGACAUUUCCUUGGCAAUCAUUUACUGAAUGCAUACAUUAGAUGUAAGAAAUGAAAGACAUUCAUGGAAGAAUAUUCCUCAACCUUGUGUAUGAGGUUGGGAGCAUGCACUGAUACAGCGCAUUGCCGCACCCAUCUCAUGGCGCACCAACUUGGGAUCCCAGAUUAGGACCUGAGCGCAGCCGUGCAGCAGGUGACACCUCAGCACCACACUACUUAGAAUGGAGUGGAACCGUCUGAGGUUUUUUUACGGUGGCUGGAGUGCCAGUCCUGCCACCAACCCCCGAGUUUGCCCUGCAUGUUAGAGGACCUGCUUGGAGAGGGCGGAUUCAGGUUAACGUCAUACCCAGGACGGAGCAAUUGCAGGUUAAGCUGUAUGUGCCAAAUAAAUAAAUUACAGACAUCUACAAUAAGAUAGUGUUCUCGUUUUAACAAAUGACGUAAUGUUAUCCUGUUAGGAAUGUACAAUUUGCAAGUACAAAAUGAAAAAUGAUGAAUUGAUUACAGAUUUUCAAUCUUGUAAUGAAUUCAUUUUCUUGCCGACUUUUUACUGACAAACGGAACAGUGAAACUUUGAAUGGCAAUCCUGAACUGUGAACAAAAUAAUA